AGUGGUAUAAGUUUUAAAGAAUUUAGUAAUAAUAUCUCGUCUCUUUUUUUCCCCACUACAGUACGUAAUUAAGUAUAGAGAGAUUCCUUCGAGAUUUGUAAGGAAUAAACUAGUGAACCACACAUUUUCCUUUACAAAUGGCAAAGCUCUUAGAAAGACAUUAUCAAUCAUUGUAAGUAUUGUGAUACUGUACUUAUCAUUUUUUCAUGUAAGAAAUGUUAAAGGGAUUUACAUUUUUUUCCCUCGUGAUUGUUAUAUACUUGUUGAACUAAUUUUACAUGAGUUAAAUGCAUGUGAUACAAGUAAAAGAAGUGUGGUUAAAGUUAAACCAAAACUGAUGGAAAGAUGACUAGUUAUGCGGUGCGUUAGAGAAAGUUUCAUGGACGAAAUGGAAACUUUUGGGUUUUGAUAUAAAAAAAUGCAAGGAUAAAAGCAAUAGCUGAUUGUCUUUCCUUUGGAGUGUAAGUUUUCACAAGCGACUAAAACCAAGUUUCCCUUCUUAUUAGCUACAGAACUUUUGUGUGGAUUGUAUUUUUUAUCCUGUGUGAUUUGUAUUAAACUCGAUUAGAUAAUGCGUUUUCAUCCGUUCAUAUGUUCAAAAUUCACUGUUCUCGCAAGAAAAUUCAAUUUAGAAAUUAGAAAUUUUAUUAAACUCGAUCAUUACUUUCGACCUUAAAAUUAAUGAAAAAGAAUAAUCAAAGAUUCUUUUAUUUUCCGUCACCGGCUGUUAGUUUAGCACAUUCAGACAACAAAAAAAAACCAAACAAAACUCAAACUUAGCAUCUUACCAGAACAAAGAAGUCGCAGUUGAUUUAUGUACGGCUAAGGCUGCUGAUGAUGACGACCUGAUACAAACAUUUCACAGAAAAGAAGUUUCGAUCUUUUUUUACGAGAAUUUGUUUUCAUCGUCUUGAUCGUGAGACCCGCACAAAAUCUUCGCUCGGUCUCUAUCAUCUGUUCUCAACUUCAGAGUCCACACACAGAGAGCUCGAAACUUUAGGAUUUUGAUUGAAAGAGCAAUCUCGCAAAUGGCAAAUAACAAACAAGUCUCAGAGAGGAUUCAUGUCCUCUUCUUCCCCUUUAUGGCUCAUGGCCACAUGAUUCCAGUUCUAGACAUGGUCAAGCUUUUCUCGAGCAGAGGAGCCAAAUCAACCAUUCUCACCACACCAAGCAACUCCAAGAUUUUGGAGAAAACCAUUGAAGCAUUCAAGAAUCACAACACUGAUCUAGAAAUCGGGAUCAAGAUCUUUGAUUUCCCUUGUGUAGAUCUGGGAUUACCUCAAGGGUGCGACCACGUUGACUUUAUCAGCUCGUACAAAAAACCUGGGGCGGGUGACUUGUUGUUAAAGCUUUUUCUCUCUACCAAGUAUAUGAAACAGCAACUGGAGAGUUUUAUCGAAACAACCAAACCGAGUUGUCUUGUGGCCGAUAUGUUCUUCCCUUGGUCUACCGAAUCCGCAGAGAAGUUUGGUGUCCCAAGACUUGUGUUCCACGGAACAUCCUUCUUUUCCUUGUGUUGUUUUUAUAACAUGAAUACUCAUAAGCCACAUGAGAAAGUCGCUACGAGUUCUACACCUUUCGUAAUCCCUGGUCUCCCAGGGGGCAUAGUAAUGACAGCAGAGCAAGCCAAUGUCGCCGCCGACGAUGAAACUCCAAUGGGAAAGAUUAUGAAAGAGAUUGGAGAAUCAGAGUCAACUAGCUUCGGUGUUUUGGUGAAUAGCUUUUACGAGUUGGAAUCGGCUUAUGCUGAUUUUUACUCUAAGAAUGUGGCUAAAAGAGCUUGGCACAUUGGUCCGCUUUCGCUGUGCAAUAGAAGAGGACAAAAGACGAACAACAUUCAUGAGGAGGAGGAAUGCCUCAAAUGGCUAGAGUCUAAGACACCUGGUUCUGUAAUUUACGUUUCGUUUGGCAGCGGAAAUAACUUCACCAACGAGCAGAUGCUUGAGAUCGCUGCCGGUCUUGAAGGCUCUGGACAAAGUUUCGUCUGGGUGGUUGGUAAAAAUAAUGAAAACCAAGGUGAAAAAGAAGAGUGGUUGCCUGAAGGAUAUGAGGAAAGGAUGAAAGGGAAAGGGCUGAUAAUACGCGGAUGGGCCCCACAAGUGCUUAUACUUGAUCACAAAGCAGUUGGAGGGUUUUUGACGCAUUGCGGAUGGAACUCGGCUAUAGAAGGCAUUGCUGCGGGGCUGCCAAUGGUGACGUGGCCCAAAGGAGCAGAACAGUUCUACAACGAGAAGCUACUGACAAAAGUGUUGGGAAUAGGAGUGAAUGUAGGAGCUACAGAGUUGGUGAAAAAAGGAAGGUUGAUUAGUAGAGAAGAAGUAGACAAGGCUGUAAGGGAAGUGAUGAUGUCUGGAGAAGAGGCAGAGGAAAGGCGGAUACGAGCUAAGAAACUAGGCGAGAUGGCCAAAGUCGCUGUUGGGGAAGGAGGGUCUUCUUAUGGUGAUUUGAACAGGCUCAUGGAAGAGCUUAACAGUAGAAAGUAGAAGGAAGACAAAACAUGCUUUAUUUAUUAUGUUGUGUGAUAAUCUUCGUCAUUUGAUUACUUUCUUUUGAAGUUUCCACUUAGACUUUGUGAUCUUGUUUGUGAAAUUGUGAUAGUUCUGAUCCCAGAGUGAUGAGAAUUAUGGUGUUUGAUCUUUACUUGUUCUGUUUGGGAACUAAGAAGUUGUGUAAUGAUGUCUCAACCUGUUUGUAUU